UAACUGAUUGUUAUUCUUUUGAUCCUGACAAUAGUACCAUUAACAAUGGUACUCUAAUUGUAAAAAUUACUCUUCGAUCCCAUAUGCUAUGGACUAGUCGAGUUAUUUUAAAAUAUGAAAGUGGACAGGAAUUUUUGAGUCAAGACGUUCACAUUAGUACACAUGAUAUUCAAGAUGCUGAGAUAGCAUCAAUGUUUGACAACCAAGUGUGCUUUCAGCUUCAAUUUAUUAAUGGCAGUAUGACUAAUGAAACACACUUUCAAUUUGUAUCUAUUAAUGAUAUUUCACUUAAUUUUACUAAACCACAAUAUAACAGACUGAAUUUUUCUUACUGUGUUACAUUACCUGCUAACAACUGGACAUUAUAUGUUUGUGAUGUGCCACCCUGUGUACUUAAUCCUGCAGUUACAAUCACAAAUAUUAGUAUUGAAGAACAAGACAACUUAACAUCUAUAAUUUCUAAUACUGUGUCUGUUACAGUUGGACCAACAUUUAAUUCUGGUGGUCACACUGAACUAGAUCUUGGCUUUAUUAUUGGAAUUGUUGUAACAAUUACAUUAACAUUGUUGCUAUUGACUUUCUCUUGCUGUAUUGUAUUGACAUUGAUAUUAAUAAAACAAAAAAAGAACCGAACUAAAUUAAAUGAUACAAAUAACAGUCAAGCAUAUAUGGUAUCUCAUGAGCUGGAUCAAACACCAUACAAUCAAGUUCACGUCAAUGAAAGUGAGCAGUCUACUGAGACAGAGAUGGUUGGCAAUUCAGUUGCACUGAAAUAUAUUGAUGUGGAGCCAGACCCCAAUGCUCCACCUGUCCCUCCACCAUUUGACCCUGUUAGAACUGCAUAUACUGAAAUAAGACCAGACAAUGGAAUAUACAACAAAUUACAUCAUGAUUUCAGUCAUAAGCUGCAAGUUCAAGAUGAUAACAUUGGAAUUUACUCUAGAAUGAACCAAUUCACUGAAGGUGUAUAUGAUAAAUGCCAGCAUAAUGGUAACGACAACAUAAAACCAGCGAGGCCAAUAGCAACUCAAGCACAGUAUUCCACAGUCAAUGUAAAGCAAGCCACUAAGGGCCAAAUACAUGUAUUAGGGCAGUACUCAUUGGUGUCUGUAGAUGAGAUUAUGACUGGAAUUAGUGAUCCUAUUUCAGAGCUACAAGUUACAGAAAGCCUCCCCAGUCAAACAAGCACUGAAAUCUCUCUUGUUAAAAAAGAUUUAACACAUAAAGACCUGUCUAUUUAUGUCAUUCCUUAUCUCACUGAAAAGUGGCGUGAAGUGGGACUGGCAUUAGCACUAACUCCUCCCCAACUUGACGAUAUAGAGGAGAACAGUCAAGGAAUAAGUGACGUGUUUCAAUUGUGGGAGGAUCUUGCUACACGUCCAUUCACAUGGGAGACUUUAUUGAAUGCACUCAGAUCUUCAAUUGUCAAUGAAUUUAACUUAGCAAAUCAACUAGAGCACACACUUUAAAUAAAUUUCUUUGAGUGUUUUUAUUCAUCAAUGCUACAUUGGUUUUAAUAUCAA